UAACAGUAAUAUAGGCGUCGCGACGCUCUGCAUUUGACUUAGUAUCAUAUUUUUCGUUCACAAAGUUUAAAAUCAUUCAAGUUGUUUUUUAAAUUUAAUUUAUUAUUUUUCAUUUAAAAAAUAUAUACAAAUGGCGCCACGUAAUAAGGAACAAGAAGCUGAAGUUUUAGCAUGGAUUGAAGAAGUUGUUGGUGAAAAAUUGCCAAAUAAAGAUUAUGAAGAUAUAUUAAAAGACGGAGUUGUUCUUUGCAAUCUCAUUAAUAAAAUUGCACCUGGAUCAGUUAAAAAAAUUCAAACAAAAGGUACCAAUUUUCAAUUGAUGGAAAAUGUACAAAGAUUUCAAGCAGCAAUUAAAGCAUAUGGAGUACCACAAGAAGAAAUAUUUCAAACAGCUGAUCUAUUUGAAAAACGUAAUAUUCCUCAAGUGACUUUGUGUCUAUAUGCUCUUGGCAGAAUUACUCAAAAACAUCCUGAAUGGACUGGACCAAGACUAGGUCCAAAAAUGGCAGAAAAAAAUGAAAGAACAUUUACUGAGGAUCAGCUGCGGGCCAGUGAAGGACAAUUAAAUCUUCAAAUGGGUUUUAAUAAAGGAGCCAGUCAAUCUGGUCAUGGUGGAUUUGGCAACACAAGACACAUGUGAAAAUUUUAUAUAAUAAGUUAUAUUUAUACCUCAAGAGAGAGAAUAAUUUUUCAUAAUUAAUUACACUCAUUGUUUACACGAAAAACAAAUACACUUUUACGUAAAAUUUUUUAAAUUUUAUUACACGAAAUUACUCACUCACAACACAACACAAAAUAUAUAUAUACACUUGCACAAAAAAAAACAUUUACACUCUACACUUACACAAACACACACACAUUAUUUUAUGAAUUAAAAAAAAACAAAAUUAUUAACAUUAUUAAUUAUAUAAAAUUUAUAAAAUAAAAUAUAAAAAAAAUAUAAAUAAAAAUGAAAUGAAAUUUGAAAGGAAAAGCUUUAUUGAUAUUAAAAAAUAUUAUUUAUUGAAUAAAUAUUGAAAAUUUAAUUUAUUAUUAUUUUUUUUGUUGAUUAUAUUUUUAGAAAAAAAAUUAAUCGAGUUAUUUACAAGUGGGGAUAAUAAAUAUUAUAAUAUUAUUUAUAUAAAAAAUUUAUGUUUAUAAUUAAAAUGAAAUAUUGUAAAUAUGAAAUCGAAUAUAGUGGCCGGAUAAAAAUAAAAAAUAUAUAUUUAUUUUUGCUGAUGUGGUGUUGGCACAUUGCUGUAAAAUUAAAAGUUUAUUUUUGAAUUUAUUCGUAAGAUAUAGAAUUUUUUUUUUUUUUUCGAAAUGCUGGAUCAGGUCACGGCUUUGUACUAAUUUCCAAAAUUCCAAGGGCAUCAGUAGAUAUUUUUAAAACGACUAAAAUUAUUUUUUUUUUUCAAAUUUAAAAAAUUUUUUAUAUCAUUUAUAAUAAUAAACAUAUGAAAAAUUGCAAA